UAUUCUCUGAUCUGUUAGUUUACCUGCUGAUGCCACAGUGCCAAGCCUUCAUCAUCACAGAAUCGAUGGUGAAUGAAGCCCUGACCCUCCCGUGUAACUGCUCAGGAAAUUGUCCAGUGGUUCGGUGGAUUCGCUUCAUUCCUGACAAAGUUGUCAUUGUUCAGCAGAUGUGUUCAAAACAAGAGCAUUUUAACAAAAGAUUUACACUACCAGGAGAUACAAGCAGAGGAAAUUUCUCCCUGAUGAUCAGUUCAGUAGCCUACAAUGAUGCAGGCUCUUACAUGUGCAGCUGUAAUGAAAUAUCAGUGACUGAAGUAAAGCUGAAGGUUAUCAUUCCGACAGUUGUAAAAGCUUUCGAGGGGAAGAACGUCACUCUCCCGUGUUACGGAGACACUCGACAAGUCGUUAAAGAUGUAAAGUGGAAGAAAGAUGGACACGAGGUUCUGCUGUACACUCCUGCAAACAGAUGGAUGACUAAACAAAACAGAUUCACGAUGUCAGUAGAAGGCUUUCUAGACGGUGAUCUCUCUCUUCACAUCAGUCCAGUUCACCUGUCUGAUACAGGAUUAUAUCAGUGUCUCAUCCACGAUGAAUCUCAGGACGGAGAACCACGAGCUGUGUUACUGAAGGUAGAAGGGCAACAACAAUUCACAACCACCAACAGUGCUAAAGUUUCAGGAUGGUUUGUACUGCUAGGAUUCUUCAUGUCUGUAGGGAUCAACAUCAUCGUCCUGAUCAUUUAAAUUACAUGAGAAAAUGCAGAGACCAGAUUUAAUCUAAAACUGCAGGAUCUUUAGCUUUCCUGUACAUCACUGUUCUGUUGUCCUGUGUGUUUCUUUUAUCCUGUGUGUUUAUUGUCCUGUUCUCAUCUCACACUGUUGUGUAUUUGCACUUUAUGCUGCAAUCUUAUGUACUAUUACGUGUUACACCAUGAUGCAUGGUAUUUUUGUUCUAUCAUGUACUAGCUAUAUAGCUGUGAUGUGUGAAGGGACUCAUGGCUGGUGAGGCACUGACUCUUUUAAAGUCAGAUUUACAAAUAUAUGAAUUUAACUGAGUAUCUUAAAUUCACCAUUCAGGUGGCUGCUUACACGUUGAUUAAUGUUUAUUUAAUGUCUCCUGUUUUAACUUGAACUGACAUAUUAAAUGAACAGGAAACACAACAGUAUUUAAACAUCUACAAAAAGACGUAAUUAACAUUUACUUUAGUUUAAUUGUAUUCAACUUCUUCUGAAAAAGAUUUUGAAAUGCUGGAGCCACCACAAGUGUUUUAUUUCCUUUGUUUUAAACCAUAUUUAAACAUACAGGUACUGUAUAAAGAUAUGCUUUUAUGAUGAUUAUUAGAGGUACAAAAGUGACAAGAAGUUCUGUACUAAGUCUAAGCCAAAAACCGCUGAUCAAAUUAUUGAAAUGUAGAGAACAUUUAUAUUUGUGUUACAGUAUAUGAUCAUAUUUGCCUGUUGUGUUA